GUUAGCUUAGCACCCCUGCUAGCGGCCCUAGUGCUAAGGUCAACAGAGUGAGCUAACAGUUUGCUAGCAGCUAUCUGAGCUGAGAUGUGGUAUUACAACGCCACAACUCGUUCUGUGCGUGGAAACAGAGCUGGUGAUGCAGCUGACAGAGAUAAAAUGAAGAGACGGGCACAACAUAAUAUAAAGAAGUUAUUCCGAUUAAUCGCAGCCUAGUAAAUGUGUUUGUCGCCACCUUUGACCUGUACCUGGAAAGGUUUCUGUGUUUGGCUGCGAUGAACAGUGAAAACUUCGCCCUCAGUGAGAAGAUAGUGCUGCCGUCCUACAUCCGACAGGGCUCCCAGGCGCGCCGUAGCCAUGAGCAGCUCAUCAGACUCCUGCUGGAGCAGGGGAAAUGUCCAGAGGAAGGCUGGAGCGAAGGCACCAUCGAGCUGUUCCUCAGCGAGCUGGCUGUGAUGGACAGCAACAACUUCCUGGGCAACUGUGGCGUUGGGGAGCGGGAAGGUCGGGUGGCGUCGAGCCUCGUGGCCAGACGACAUUACAGGCUGAUCCAUGGCAUCGGUCGAUCUGGUGACAUCGCUGCCAUUCAGCCUAAAGCUGCAGGUUCCAGUCUUCUCAACAAGCUCACCAACUCAGUCGUGUUGGACAUCCUGAAAAUUGCAGGGGUUCGCAGUGUGGCGAGCUGCUUUGUAGUUCCCAUGGCAACUGGGAUGAGCUUGACGUUGUGCUUCCUGACCCUUCGCCAUCGGAGGCCCAAGGCUCGCUACAUCAUCUGGCCUCGCAUCGACCAGAAGUCCUGUUUCAAAGCCAUGAUCACAGCAGGCUUUGAACCGGUGGUGGUGGAGAACGUGCUCGAAGGGGACGAGUUGAGGACAGACUUGGCAGCGAUUGAGCACAAGAUCGAGGAGCUCGGAGCAGAGAACAUCCUGUGUGUUCACUCCACGACGUCCUGCUUUGCCCCGCGGGUGCCCGACAGGAUUGAAGAGCUAGCCACGAUGUGUGCCAAACACAGCAUUCCACAUAUAGUCAACAACGCAUAUGGAGUCCAGUCGUCCAAGUGCAUGCACCUCAUACAGCAAGGAGCUCGUGUAGGGAGGAUCGACGCCUUUGUUCAGAGCUUGGACAAGAACUUCAUGGUUCCAGUAGGUGGCGCCAUAAUCGCAGGGUUUGACGAGUCCUUCAUACAGGAGAUAAGCAAAAUGUACCCAGGUCGAGCGUCUGCGUCGCCCUCCCUCGACGUCCUCAUUACCCUUCUCACUCUGGGCGCCAGCGGCUACAAGAAGCUCCUGUCGGACAGGAAGGAGCUGUACUCGUUUCUGGCCCAGGAGCUCAAGCGCUUGGCCUCUGCACACGGGGAACGACUGCUCCACACCCCUCAUAACCCCAUUUCUCUGGCCAUGUCUCUGGACGGCGUCCAGGCCGGCGGCGACAGGGCCGUGACUCAGCUGGGCUCCAUGCUGUUCACCCGCCAAGUGUCGGGAGCCAGGGUGGUGCCUCUGGGCAAUGAGCAGACCGUGAAUGGCCACACGUUCCGAGGCUUCAUGUCACACUCGGAGUCGUACCCCUGCCCUUACCUCAACGCCGCCUCGGCCGUGGGCAUCACUCAAGAGGAUGUCUCGCUCUGCAUCAAACGGCUCGACAAGUGCCUGAAGACGCUGAGGAGGGAGCAGGAAGUGGCCGAUGCCGCUCCCACGGUUCCCCCGUCUGGACAGGAGCUCGCUGCUGGAGAAUGAUACGGCUGCGAGAACGUUCCAAGAAGAACACAUUGUUUCAUCCGCUGCUUGAAUUUGCUGAUUUGCAUCGAAUGGUUAUGGCUGAUGGAUUAUCAAUGAGGAGCUCAAUACCGACAGCUGGCGGUGGAACUGUGCACAGGUGUUUCCUGCAUAAAGGAAGACACGAGCUGAUGUGGUUCAUUAACUCACCCCUCUGCUAAUCAUUAGUUAUUGUAAUUACAAUCUGCAGACAAGCAGGAGCAUAUGGUCAUGGACCUGUGAUGUGACGCUACCAAACGAAUGAUCUGAAAAUAACAAGCGAUUUAUCACUUUAUUUCAAAUUAAAGCCAUGUUUCUGUGGUGCA